AUGCUAUCUGGUCUGGCUGGUUCGUUGAUGGGUGGUAUGGCUUCCGGUGUGGGAAUGUCCGUCGCCAACCGUGCUGUUGACGCCAUCUUUGGCCCUAGACAAACUGAGGUUGUUCACAAGCACGAAGGCGCACCCGCAGCAGCUCCGAGCGAUCCAUGUACGGGUCAGCAGGACAGUCUUAACCAGUGCCUGUCGAGUAAGGAGUCAUUCGAGUGUCAAUCUCUCGUUGAUCAGCUGAAGCAGUGCAAGGCGCAGGCAGUUUGA